AGAAAAAUGGAGCUUUCUAGACCAUUCGAACAGAGAAGAAAAAAAGGAGCUGGUUCUGGGGGCUCAUAUUUCCCCCGAACUCUUGGGGUAUUUCCGUUAUUUAGGAGUUUUACCCAUCCGAUUUGACCACCGUCUCUGCUCUUUCGCUCUCAAUCUCGAGUUCGAAAUGGUGCGCUCUGGUUGUGCUAGGUGGGCAUACUGGUUUGCUCGACGUUCUUUGGGUUUGGAGUUCCAUAAUUCAGUUCAUGGAGGGGGUUGCAGAGGAUUUUCUUCCGGAAUUUGUAGUUCUUCUCGGAUUUUGGGAUUGCAAAAUUUGGAUAAUGUGAAACGAAAGGAUGCAGUAUGGGGUUUAUUUUUACAUUGCAAUUUGGGGCCCAGGAGGUCCUUUCAUGGAACAGGGUCCAUGCAUAUGGCCUCAAGGGAUUACUAUGAUAUACUUGGAGUAAGCAAGAAUGCAAGUGCAUCAGAAAUCAAGAAAGCUUACUAUGCGCUUGCAAAGAAGCUACAUCCGGAUACAAACAAGGAUGAUGCAGAUGCAGAAAUAAAGUUUCAGGAAGUUCAAAAAGCCUACGAGGUUCUAAAGGAUGAAGAGAAGCGAGCCCUUUAUGACAAGGUUGGUCCCGAUGCAUUUGAAGAGCAUGCUCAUGGAGGUGGUCCUGGUGGUCCAUUUGGACCUGGAUUCAACCCGUUUGAGGACAUCUUUAAUGGUGGUGGAAUGAAUGAUUUCUUCAAGAAUAUUUUCAAUCAGGGAGGCUUCGGUGGGCAAGAUGUCAAGGUUUCGCUUGAGCUAUCAUUCAUGGAAGCUGUCCAGGGUUGCACUAAAACUGUGACAUUCCAAGCUGCUGUACCUUGUGAAACUUGUGGUGGAACUGGUGUGCCUCCUGGGACCAGGCCAGAAACAUGUAGACCUUGUAGGGGCUCUGGAAUGAUAUUCAUGCAAAAGGGACCAUUUAGGUUGCAGACCACUUGUACACACUGUGGUGGAACUGGAAAAACUGUAACGAGCUUCUGCAAGUCAUGCAAGGGUGAACGCGUUAUGAGGGGACAGAAGUCUGUCAAGUUGGAUAUUGCACCAGGAGUGGAUGAUAAUGAAACCAUGAAGGUGUUUAGAAGUGGUGGAGCAGAUCCUGAUGGCAAUCAACCCGGUGAUCUCUAUGUUACAAUAAAGGUCCGGGAAGAUCCUGUUUUCCGAAGAGAAGGUCCUGACAUCCAUGUUGACACUGUUAUUAGUUUCACUCAGGCAAUUCUAGGAGGAACUAUCCAGGUCCCUACUCUAACAGGCGAUGUUGUUCUCAAGAUCCGCCCAGGCACCCAACAUGGUCAGAAGGUCGUGCUGAAGAAAAAAGGGAUUAGAACAAGGAGCUCUGCUUCAUAUGGGGAUCAAUAUGUGCAUUUUAAUGUCAGCAUUCCCUCGAAUUUGACUCAGAGACAACGUAUGUUGAUUGAAGAGUUUGCCAAGGAGGAACAGCGAGAAUAUGAUAAAGGUGCUGCUACUGCUGCUGGAGCAUCUAGCUGAGUAAAAUGGUUAAUGCCCAGUGGCUCAAAUUUUUGUAGGAGAGAUAGGUUUCCUAUUGAGGCACAUUUAAGUUAUUUAAGCUGAAGUCCGUUGUCCAUUCAGCAUUUGAAGGUAAUAUUGUACAUAUAUAUAUUUUCACAAAGAAAGAUCAUUGGCGUCUGCAGUUGUUGCACUUGCACCCGGCAUCUCCCUGAUAUGGGGGUGCAGGUUUGAUUGCUUUGUUAUCUGAUCAUAUGGUUCACUAGAAAGCCAAUGGAGCUAAGGUUUGAAGUAUUGAAAUUGAGCGAUGGUUCACUAGAAAGCCAAUGGAGCUCUGAGGUUUUUAGUUCUGAAAUUGGCCAAAUGGCUGAAACUAUGUUCCGUUCCAUUCCACCCAAGUUUGCCAAUAUGGUGUGAUAUUGUGGUGUGUAAAAUUAAGGAACUGUUUGGCAAGUCUUUUUAGGAA